AUGACCAGGAACAGGCACCUACACGGUAAGGGACACGAAAACGGCCAGAAGAACGGACACGAACAUGGUCAGGAGUCCGGACUAGGACACGGCCUAGAGCACAGCCACGGGAACGACCAGGAACAGGCAACUACGUGGUCAGUUCCCAUCAGCUGUGUCACCUUUCACCAGCCAAAGUCCAAAUCCAGCUCGCAGGAACGGCUCCGGGCCGGCGGAGAUUCCGGCGUGCCCAGCGAAGAUGAUGACGACGACGACGACCCGUGCAUUUCGCGGAGUCCACCCGAAUGCCACGGGACGGAGUGUGACCACGGUGCGGAAGGUGGCCACGAUCACUUUCACUUGCGAGCCGGGAGUACUAGUUCGGGGGAUUUUCGGAGUAAAUCGAGCCUGAGGAAUGGCCGGUACAAGUGCUUUGGGCUGCUCGAGUCGAACACCCUGAACAGUUUCCAGCUGCAGAAUUUCAGGCGGAAGAUUGGGAGCGGGUACAAUUCGGCCAACUCGCCGGGCCAGACCAGCAUGAUCGAGGACAUUGCGGACAAAAUCGAAGAGAUUGGGAAGCUGGACACGAACAUCCAUUCGCUGAUGUACAAAUCGGUCGAGGUGCAUAAGGAUAUUGUGUCCCUGGAGGCCACCACGAACCGGCUAAUAGCCAACACGCGCAAGCUGUGUCACCUCCGGCGGGGUGGCCGGCUCGGUACAAAUCGCAUGCCGGAAGAAAAUCGUGAUAGUGGACAAAAACCACAAGGCAGCAAAAUAAGUUAAAAAAUCGCAGGAAAAAUAAACAAGAAAUGACAACUUCGCGAAAUUACUGAAAAUUGUGUGAUCAAUUAUGAUGUGCACCAAUAAAAAUAAAUACUGAUUUUAGAUAAUGUAAACACGUGUUUUGUUAUCCAAUAAGAAUUUCAAGAUUCCUAUUAGAAUACGUUUCAACCAAAAUGCGUUUAAUGUAAUUUUACACGACCUUGGAUAAUUUUGGGUCGUGUAAUUUUCCGUUUUAUUUGACACAACUAUACGUCUAAUUUGACGCUCCAGUUAUGUGCAUCAAAUUUGACCGAAAAUUACACGUUUUUUUCGAA